CUUUGCGCGAUUCAAAAUGAACACAUUAUUUGUUUGUCUCCUUGCCUCAGUCUUUGUGGUAUACGGCAGUGAAGAUAAUCUUCAGGAGUCGAAGCAACAAAAUACGAGCUGUGUCAAUUACUGCUCGAAUAUUGUAAAACCCGUGCUAAAUGAAACGAAAUGUUUGUCGCAGUUCGAGAACACGAAUAAGCUGAUGGAGGAGAAAUUUGCUUCGCAGGACAAAAAGAUUGAACAGAAAUUGAGAGACUUGAGCACUGCAACUGAACAAAUUAUGCAGCAAAUAAAAUUACAGGGUAAACAAAUAGAGCAGCAAAUGGAACAUCUUCAUAAAACAGAUGAAGUUAAGAAGCAAAUACCUGGACCACCUUAUCAGCAGAUUGGAUCGAAGUAUUAUUAUAUUGAAGAAUCUGAAGAAGUCAAUUGGUUUGGGGCAGUCAACAAAUGUCGGGCAAUAGGUGGACAUUUAGUUAGUUUCGAAAAUUCGGAUGAAUUCUAUGAAAUCACGGAUAAAUUGCAGACUAAUAAAGAUUAUUGGAUUGGCAUUAACGAUUUAGCUAAACAGGAUGAAUUUACUUCCAUUUCUACAGGUCGCAGAGCAAACUAUUUCAUGUGGCAGUCAGGUGACCCAAACAAUGUCGAUGGUAAUGAACAUUGCGGUGAAUUGCACUUCAAUGAUAGAUUCAAAAUGAUAGAUGAUACUUUCCUUGUGGUAUACGGCAGUGAAGAUAAUCUUCAGGAGUCGAAGCAACAAAAUACGAGCUGUGUAAAUUACUGCUCGAAUAUUGUAAAACCCGUGCUGAAUGUUACGAGGAAUCUACAGCAGCAAGUGAAUGAUUUUAAACAUCAAACGAAAUGUUUGUCGCAGUUCGAGAACACGAAUAAGCUGAUGGAGGAGAAAUUUGCUUCGCUGGAUAAAAAGAUUGAACAGAAAAUAAGCGACUUGAGCACUGGAAGUGAACAAAUUAUGCAACAAAUCAAAUCACAGGUUAAACAAAUCGAGUAUCAAAUGGAACAUCUUACUAAAAUCGAGGAAGCUAAAAAAUCAAUAGCGUCUUAUCAGAAGAUUGGCUCAAAAUAUUACUAUAUUGAAGAAUCAGAAGAAGUCAAUUGGUUUGGUGCAGUCAACAAAUGUCUGGCAAUAAAUGGACAUUUGAACAAUAACAUAUUCAUAGUAGAGGUGGAGAACUAUCGAUUGCAAUAUCGGGACUAUCGAUGGUUGGCCAGUAUCGACACGCUCUCGAUAGCGGCGCGCACUGUCGAUAGUGGUGAAUCGCUAUCGUCGAUAGUGGUCAAUAUUUUUUCAAAUUUCUUUGUAAACCCGUAUCCUCCGUAA